AUUGUAUCACAGCUUAACUGGGGUGGUAAGCUUGCUCUCCCAGCUUUAUCCGGCCUUGCGAUCGCCUAGCUGUCGAAGUGCGCUUCAACAGAGAUGACCAGGAUCAAGAAAUGCCUUUGCGGACCCGGUAGAGAAGGCCAAUAGCAAUAAAGGUGUGUUCAGGAUAGACGCAGCCGUAACGGGAUCGUUGCAGGAGGCAGAGGCCAAAAUUCCACCUGCCCUCUACCGGCGUGGUUGCUUCUCAAAACCGUCGGAUUAAGCAUCCAACGCAGAUCUUGUAGACGUCUUGGGAAAGCUUGUCAAGGUGGAAACAGCCUAUCAUCAAUCCAUCCAGCAUGAUGGCGGUUGCGUCACUGAGAAUAGCCUUGCACAAUCCCGAGAGAACACGAUGUGAAGGCGUCUUGGCCUAGCCGAGGGCAUAAGGCGAACUCUGAUUUGAGCCACAUGUACCUUGGAGCGUUGACAAGAAUACUUUGAGGCCACCACCCGGAAAAGUAUGUAAGAAAACGCAUCUUCUCGCAAUCGUUUGACCUAUCUAGCCGACCCAACCCCCGGUUUCCCAUUCCACGAUAAACGAGGGUAAGCGGUGACUGCGCUUGGGAUUCAGGACCUCGUUGUUGGGAGUUCCCCAGAUUUCAGGACCCAGAAAGUCGACGAAAUCCAGACUCGGUGCAAAGAUGGCGAGGUUCGAGCGUGCGAACCUCACAAGCUACAAUUUGAAGUGUUUGUUCUUCAUUGCUUUUGGGGCAUUCUUCUAUGGCUACGACAGUGGCUGCACAACCUCCAUCUUUGGCUACCCUCAGUUCAUCUCCUUCUUUGGCUUCAACUCCACGACCCUCGGCGCUCUUGGCUCCUCCUACUAUGGGGGAAACUUCAUCGGCACGAUCUGCAACUUCUGGCUUCCUGACACGAUCGGCCGUAUUCGCACGAUCCAGCUGGCUUCCGUGAUCUCGAUCCUAGGAGCAGCGCUCCAGAUCGGUGCUCAUAAUAUUGGCACGCUGAUGGCUGGAAGAGUGAUUGGGGGAUUCGCGUGCGGCAUCGUCUACAGUUGCUGUCCUCUCUACGCGAGCGAGAUCAGCCCUCCAGCUUUCCGAGGCAGAGCCGGUGGCCUGUACAGCUUCAAUGUCGGUUUCGCCUACAUGUUCACCGAGUGGCUAGGCCUGGGCUUCUCGUAUAUCAAGGGCAACGCCGGAUGGCGCGUCUUUCUGGGCCUGCAGCUAAUCUGCCCAGCUCUCAUGAUUUUGGGAAGCCUGUACCUGCCGGAAUCGCCUCGCUGGCUUGUUCUCAAGGACCGCCAAGAGGCUGCCCUAGCCAUCCUGGAGCGGAUCCACGGUAAGGCAGACGGCGACAAGUCCUUCGCCCAUGCCGAGCUCCAUCAGAUCCAUGCACAGAUCGCGCUCGAGAAAAAAGAGCAAACGGGCGUCACCUCGAUCGUCAAGCGGCCAUCCUACCGCAAGCGCCUCAUCCUGGUUGUCGUCUUCAUGGUCGGCCAACAAGCUACGGCGAUUAUUCCCAUGCAGAAUUAUCAAGUUAUCUUGUAUGAACAGCUGGGCUUCUCCAACAAGCUGGUGCUUAUCCUUGUGGGCCUUUGGGGCACCGACACCGUCGUGGCCACCACGAUUGGAAGCCUGAUUUUCGACUACACUGGCCGCAAACCUCCCGUGUAUGCGGCCAUGGGAAUUAUGACCAUUGCCACGAUUAUGUUGACUGCAUUCUGGGCGACGUUCGAAAAGUCUGGUAGGACAGAUGCCACCUAUGGCAGGCUUGCCAUCUUCUCCAUGUUCCUGUUCAACUUCGGAUAUGCCUUCAUUAUGAAUUCGUUCGGCUAUGCGUACAUUCCGGAGAUUCUGCCGACCCCAAUCCGUGCCGUGGGCACAGCGAUUAUGAUGCUCACGUUCAACGGGAUGAUCAUCCUCUUGGUUCAGGUCACGCCGAUCGCCAUUGAGAACAUCUCAUGGCGAUAUUUUCUGGUGUUUAUCGUUUGCGACAUUAUCUUCAUUAUAGCAUUUUACCUUAUGUUCCCUGAAACCUCCGGAAAACCCCUCGAAGAGAUCGCUGCACUCUUUGGCGACCCGGUGGCGGAAACUUUCCAAGAGGCCGACCGGCACGCACGAGAAGAAGAAUCCUCGAAAGUUCUGGCUACGCUGCCGAAGACCUCCGAGCACGAACUUCAAGCACGGCACGUGGAGGGGACGUAGCAUUCAGUACGAUAAAGAGACUCGAACAGAAUCGUGUAGAUAGAUGAUCUAUCCAAUGACAGCCCAAAGUGUAUCGUCUUACCACAAUCAGAAGAGAUCGGAGGGGUGUAUGAACCAGGGAUGGGUGUAUAGACCCGGAGGGUGUACUUUUACAGGCGGGUCAAUUGCGAACGAGCCUGCUACCUUGCUUAGCCAAAGGUGUCCUGAAAGCGGUAACUUCAAAUACCAUGGUCACCACUUUUGCACACCAUGACACCCUUUCGCUACUGCAUGAAGCAUAAAUGAUUUGAUCUGAGAUUGAAGCGGUGUAAUUUUGACAAUAUAUAUACUAGUCUUGCC